AUUAGACGUUCCAGCAGGAGUCGUGAGUUUCAAACUAAGUUAAGCACCAGUUUCAGCAUCGAAAGAACUACGAGAUACUAAGUAAAUGACGAGUCAUGGCGAGUGUCCCACUUUCACGCUGCAUGAAUCAGCUCGUGCUCGCCUGCCCGAAUUAGGAAGUUGCCCAAUCAGUCGUAAACAGUAGUUCCUCCUAAAGUAAUGCCUUAUCGGCGCUAUGCUCGAUCUCUCCCCGCCACAACGAUCGAGCAGUUAUCAUCUACUACAGUUCAAUCCUCCUUUAUUAUUCACUGCUGGCUUUUCAUCCCCAAACCAGGGCCGCCAAUGUGGACGGGACCUCGCAGAAAACGGAGGGGGACGGGAAGCUGAGGGAGGGGACCGCAAAAGAAGGGCGACGGAAUCGCCGAAACCGCCGACUUCGAUUUUCCGACGUCAUUCAAAAUGCGUGCCUUUCCUUUUCUUUCUUUUGCUUCCCCUUCAGCCAACACCUCGCGCAUACAGACGCCCCAUCAAUUCACGCUCGCUCUAUCUUUAUCUACAUGAAGGGGAGAAAAAGGAAAUCCGAACCAGAAUUCGUCUUGCAAUAUGUCAACAUGAUUAUCUAAAAGACAAAACCUGAACAGCUUUCCCCGCUUCACAACUACCUACCUACCGACUAGCUUUUCGAUCAUCCCCCUCAUAUACACACGCGCGCGCGUGC